AUGAUAGGGUCUAUGUCCGUCUCUGAGGCCAUUCGUUUUUCGCCCUCGUCGGUAGAUGGCGCCACGAAUAGCCAGCUCCUCUCAACCGCUCUUCGUUGCCCAUGUGGGAGCCCUGUUACUGCAGCUGCUGGUGUAGCAGUAGACGCCGAGACAGCAGUGGUCCGCUCUUUUUACGCACAAGCAGAUGACAACAAGUCCUUUUUCGGGGGCCCUCUAGGGGGCUGCUCAGUGACAGAGGCUACACCUCUUACCGGCUCAGGAAAGGUUCUCUCACUUGCUGCGAAAACCUGGCAAGGAGUAGCAGCAGAAUUCCAGCGCGCUCGGAGGGCCCUAGUUACAAGUGAAAAGGACCUCGAGGAAGGAGGAGCUUCUAAUGCAUUUUCCCUCUUUUCCGUGACUAUCAGAAAGCCCCUAACCCCGUCGAAACUAGCCGCCGUGGGAUACAGUUACCUGCCUUUCGUCUUCUUUUUCUUCGUCAUCCUCAGAGCCAUCUCAACCUGGAAUGUCUUGCCCUUUUAUGCUGCGGUGUUCCUGACAUUGUUGAACGAGCAUCUCUUCAAGCGGUGGAUUCAAGAGCCUCGCCCAUCUCUCUCUCUUGUGAAAUCCCCAGGAAUGCCUUCUUCCCACUGUUUGGUGUCGUAUGCGUAUAUGGUGUGGAUUUUUCUAGAGGCUGCGGUGUCUCCUUCUUCGUUUCUUCCUCGCCUUUUGUGUGUUUCUUUGGCCGUCGCCUCGUUCGCCCCCAUGCCGUGGGCCAGGUACUACCUAGAUGACCACUCAGAGAUGCAAUGCUUAGUAGGCUGCUUAGGGGGGGCAUUCGGGGGUGUAAUAGUUUUUUUGCUAAGGCAUCUCGCUCUCCCAGCCGCCUCUGCUAUUUGA